CAGGGUGAGCGCUGCUGCCCGUCCCGCACGUCCCACACCACCAUGGGGACCCUCGGGCCGGGGCGGCUGCCGCGCGGGCUCCUGCUGUGCUGCGCCUUCUGGGGACUCUGUGCGGCCUCUCCAGACUACGACGAUUACUCCCAGAACAGCACCAACGAGCAGGUAAUGACCCCGGAGAUCACGCCGUGUCCCCGAGCCAUCCCUGGAGAAAAGGCCACCAUCAACAACGUCACGUACCUACUGCUCCCCGAGGCCACGCGCUUGCAGCUGGGCAGCGCGGUCACCGUGCGGCUCAUCCCCUGCCUCUACACCCUGGUCUUCCUGCUGGGGCUGCCUUCCAACGCGCUGGCGCUCUGGGUGCUGGCCACCCGCUCCGAGAAGCUCACCUCCACCGUCUUUCUGCUGAACCUGGCCGCCGCGGACCUGCUGCUCACCCUGGUGCUGCCCUUCAAGAUUUUCUACUAUUUCCUGGGGAACAACUGGCCCUUUGGGGAAGGCCUGUGCCGGCUCAGCACCGCAUUCUUCUAUGGCAACAUGUACUGCUCGGUGCUGCUGCUCACGUGCAUCAGCGUUGACCGGUACCUGGCGGUGGUGCACCCGUUCUUCUCACGCUCUUUCCGCACCCCUGCGUUCGCUGCCGGCGCCUGCGCUGCCAUCUGGCUCUGCGCUGCCGUCCUCACGCUGCCUCUGACACUGCAGCAGCAGUCGUACCCCCUGUACGGCGCGGACGUCACCCUCUGCCACGACGUGCUCCCCCGGCACGAGGACGAGGGGUUUUACUUCUACUACUUCACCUGCCUGAUCGCCUGCGCUUUCCUCGCUCCGCUGCUGGUGAUGCUGUUCAGCUACUGCUCUGUGCUGCGAGCCCUCCUGGGCAGCGGGAGGAAAUACUCCUACUCUAUCAAGCUCACGGCUCUCGUGCUGUUCAUGCUGGUGGCCUUCUACACGCCCAGCAACGUUCUCCUCCUUGUUCACUACUCCAGCUAUAACUCCAAGCUGUACGGCAACCUGUACGUCAGCUACAUGGUGAGCCUGGCCGUCAGCACCUUCAACAGCUGUGCCGAUCCCUUCGUCUACUACUACGUGUCUGAAGAUUUCCGCGAGAAGGUGAGGAGGAGAUUCUUCAGGCACAGCGAACAAAACGCCACGUCCCUCAAAACCUCCAAGGAAACGCUCCCUCCAAAGAGCUCCAAAGAUUCCCUGGUGUGAGGCUGCAGCCCAGCUCCCCGGGCACUCACAACAUACUGUGGGGAUGAGAUGAAGACAACACCGGGAUCCCUCGAGCUUCAUCCAGAGCAGCGAGUGACAUUUCCCAGGAAACACAUCCUUUCUCUUGCCUGCACGGCUAAAAUGGAAUAAACCUCGGCCACAGGAUUCCCCACGAGGUGCGGAGUCCAGACAAGACAUGGAGUUCUGAACACAGAUACAUCUGCUACCAGGACACUGUGUGCAGCUUCUCGGCCCGUCACGUAUUGCCAGGGACACUCUUACCUAGCUCUGGUUUUCCUAAUGUGCUUUGCAGACUGAUUGCUACGCGUGUCCUAAUUUCCUUUCUGUGCUACCAACUUGCUCGCUGUCCUUCGCCUUCACCUAAAACUGAAAAAGAACAGGUACUUGCAAAACCAGAUUUCUAAACGUCUCAAGAGUACCAGGAGGUUCCUAUGUGAAAGGUGCUGUCCUGAACUCAAACAUUCUGCCAAGAGAAUGGAGAGCACCGGCUUUUCUAACAAAUCCAUUCUUGGCUUUGAUAAGUAAGCAACGCCAUAGUAAUGUCAGUCCAGUUUUGGUAACAAAUGUAAGAAUCCUAUUCACCAAUCCCGGUAUUUGCAAGUGGCUCUCGGCAGCCACAAUUUCUUUGGUGCAAAGAUUGUAUUAAGGGAGUGGUUUUUUUAAAGAAUUAUGUCUCUUGAAGGGAAACAUUAAAGAAGGAAUUGAGAAAGCCCUUGCUCUAGAACUCCGCACUUCUACUGGAACCUGCUGCAAACUGGACAAAACGCAGCCGGCCCAUCUCCCGGACCCAGGCAGGGCACGUCCAGCAAGGCAGACACCGAGCAACAAAGCUCCUCAGAGUUCCCGCGUUCUUCAGUCUUACUGGUACAGACACUACUCCUGCCCUCACCAUAGUGAACUUACAGCCUACAGUGUGAAGAAGAAGAGGCAGACAAGAUUGUCUUAAAACCAGUUUUUAAUAAAAUAUUUAUCAUAAUCUAAACCAAACCCUUUUCCGGACUCAGACUUGCUAAGAUUUGUGUGAACAAAACAAAGACGGUGAUAGAACCUGGCGCGUCCAUGUAUGCGCGGGGGCGAAACACGGGUGGGAACUCGAGGCCGUGUCCUUCGGUGCGGCCCUGCACACCUGGACGCGCCAGCGCGGAAACAGCAAGUAUUAUACUAAAAAAACCCAAAUCCCAACUGAGCUGAGGUUUUCUAAGUAAAUGAUCUAUACUCACAAUAAUGAAAACCAGGUUAUUGUGCAUUAAAUGUCGAUAGUUGAUGUCAGCAAAGCAAGUGCUGUUGUUUCAAUCAUGUUCUUCGAGCAAACUGAACGUUCUUCUGGUAUUUGUUUUCUACUGAGGCUGAUUAAGAAAGAGGGAAAGAGGCAAGACCAAAACACUUGGACAACAAAGAACAAGGGAACUAUUGCUUUAAAAUAAAUACCAUGGCAAGGAUUACUCUGCAUAAUGUACAGUUACAAAUUAUAUAUAAAUAGUAAUUUCCUUGAAAGGAUUGCAAGCAAAAAUCACUGAUAACUAGCACUGCCGCAGCUAUUCAGUAACAUAAAUGGAUGGUAAGGAGGAAUCUCUGUGUCUUACAACCCCACUGGCACUUUUCUCCUUUUGCAAUGAGGGACCAUCAGAAAAAUUCCUUAAAUAAAAUGACUUUAAAAAAAAAAAACAA